AUGAGAUGGAUCAUAAAGGAUAUUAUGGGGCACUGCAUGAAGCAGGACAAGGAUGGAAAGAGGAAUAAACGCUUGUGCUCUGAAGAGAUACCAGUCUCUGCUUGCCUUACCGUACUCAUCAUGAUGUAUGCGGUGUCGUCCCAAGUUGAACUGCAGGUUCAUUAUCGCCAAUCAGACCAUGAUGCCUGGCGAGAAAUUAAGCAGAUUGACAAGAACAUCAUUGAUAUUCUGACCAAGCUCCGUUCUCCUGAGUCAUUCCAGGCCAUUGCUGAUGCACUAAACAACACGCGCGACGAGGUUCUGGCUGCUCAUCUCUCUCCCGAGGGCCAGAUACUAUUGGCUGGGAAAGAGAUUAUUCCUUUGCAGCUUCACGGGUCAUCCUUCGUGCCUGUCCUAGAUGUUAAUUUGAUUACUCCUGCUCCUACUACGAUUGGUGAUUCUACCGCUGAGGAUUGGACUAGCGACGAAGACAAACCAGGGCCAUCAUUUACUCCAGUUAAUCGUCCUCUUCUGAAGAGGAAGCGUGCGAUGCUAGCAAAGACUAUUCGUUCAGCUCAUGGAAGAGAGGUGCCUUCCUCGUCUAGCGGCCCUUCUGGAGAGUAUAUCCCACACGGGAUUGAUAGCGAAUCUGAUGAUGACACCAACGCUAUAAUUUCAUGGACCCAAACCAUGUGUACACUGGUGUAG